CACUGCAAUGAAUUUUGUUAUGUUCGUCAAUAUUAUCGUCGGCUGGGUCUACAAAAAUAAAAGUUUAAUGAUCAAUUCAAGAAUUAUAACAGCUGAACAGAAUCUCAAGGAACUGGGACUUAAAAUUGAUGUUCACGGAAAGUAUAUUUCCGUGAUUAAAAUCGCCGCUUUUUGGGUGAUUUGUGUGUUGUUUGUUGAUUUGACAACAACAUACCGUUCCUCACGUUCAACUAAUUUUAUUACAAAAUUAAUGAUUACAUUUGUGAUUCAUCAUGGGUACCACGUGAAUUUGUUGAUUGAUUUAACUUUCGGUGUGUUUAUACAGCACAUGAAAAUGCGAUUCAAAAGUAUAAAUGAACUUCUGCUAGAUAUUUUAAGACUACAAGACAAUAAUUUGGCCCAUCAAAUCGAAACUGAUUACAAAUGGGCUGUUUCAAGAGGAGUCACUUUCGAAAAAGAUUAUGUGAUAAUUCUUCAAAACAUCAAGCGCAUUCAUCUGCAAUUAGGAAUAAUGUGUCGUGAUUUGACGAAAAUUUAUGGGAUUCCCAUAAUUCUUACCAUGAUAACCGCAUUCGCAAACAUAACCUCGAUGUUAGUGUAUGUUUACACUACAUUAAUGAGCAAAGAAGAAACACUAACUGAGAAAAUAACUUUAUUAAUAACUUUAUUACCUUGGACUGCAUUAUUUGCUUUGAAAUUCUUUUUGAUCAAUUAUGAUUGCGCUGAAACUGUUUGUGAGUGGAAAAAAACCGGUGAAAUUAUCCAUCUAAUAGAAAUUCAAGCUCAAGACAUGAAAUUGCGAAAAGAAAUUCAACUAUUUUCAAUUCAAAUAUUGCAAAAUCCACUAAAAUUUUCUCCAUGUGGAUUAUUGGACCUCGGUUAUUAUUUUAUGAGAGAAUUUGCUGCAUCUGUAACAGGACAAGUUAUUUUAUCGAUUCAAACUUAUCGAUUUCCAGUUAAGUGA